AUGGCAGCCAAACCCCUUAGAAUAGAUGUCGACGAAUACAUGACUAUGGCGCUCGCCGCUACCCCGCCAGAGCUGCACCCGUUCUUUGAGUCGUUCCGGACGCUGCACAGUCGUAAGCUGUGGCACCAACUGACACUUAAGCUGUUCGAGUUCUUUGACCAUCCUCUUUCAAGGCCAUACCGGGUGGAUGUAUUCGACAAGUUCGUGCGAGAUUUUGAAGGCCGGUUGAACCAAUUACGGUUGGUGGAGAUGGGCGUGAAGGUGUCUAAGGAGCUCGAUAACCCUGCAGUGCAUCUGGCGUUCCUCACCGACCUGCUGUCGCGUGUAAACACCGAGAAGUCACCAGAGGCGCACGUGCUGCUCCUCGCUACACUCGCGCACGCCAAGCUGCUAUAUGGCGACCUUGAGGGCACCAAGACAGACAUUGACGGUGCAUGGAAAAUUCUCGACGAGUUGUCAGGCGUCGACAGCAUGGUAAACGCCGCCUAUUACGGCGUCGCUGCGGAUUAUUACAAGGCGAAGGCUGAAUACGCACCGUACUACAAGAACUCGCUGCUGUACUUGGCAUGCAUCGACCUAGCGAAGGAUCUGACAGAAGAGGAGCGUCUCGUGCGCGCGCACGAUCUGGGCCUCUCUGCUUUCCUCGGAGAGACGAUCUACAAUUUCGGCGAGCUGCUCAUGCACCCCAUCCUCGACGCGCUGGACAACACGCCUCACGAGUGGAUCAAGAAGCUGCUCUUCACGUUCAACGAGGGCAAUAUCGGCAAGUUCGAAGCGCUCGCGCCGCUGUUCCCGAAGGAGCCGAUCUUGCAGGAGAACUACCCGUUCCUCCGGCAGAAGAUCUGUCUCAUGGCGCUGAUCGAGUCUGUCUUCAAGCGCGGCGCGUACGACCGCACAAUGUCGUUUCAGACGAUCGCGGCGGAGACGCGCUUGCCGCUCGACGAGGUUGAACAUCUCGUCAUGAAAGCUCUGAGCUUGAAGCUGAUUCGGGGUUCGAUCGACCAGGUGGACCAAAAGGCACAUAUGACGUGGGUGCAGCCGCGCGUGCUGUCCACGGAGCAGAUCGGGCUGCUCGCGCAGAGGCUGGGUGGGUGGGGAGAGAAACUGCACAAGGUGGAGGAGCGUAUCGCACCGGAGGUAUUGGUGAAUGGCUGA